AUGCCGCCGCAGCCAGACGCAGCUGCAGAAGUCGCUCAAGUCGCAUGCGCAACAUCUAAGCCGAACCGAACCCUGCCGAACCCUGCCGAGCCGAGCCGAACCGCAACGAACCAGUGAAACCCAACCCCGGAGUAAAACCCAAGCCGUGUUCCAGCCUCAUUUUGAUCAUUAACCGUUGGUCUAUUUUGUGGAAUCGUUUUUUGUUUCUGUUUGGUGCGUGAAUAUAUAUAUUUUUGGCGGAUUGUGCUGACAGCCACGGAGAGAGAGAGAGAGAGAAAGCAAAGGAGGAAAAAAAGAACAAGUUGCACAAUGCAUUCCACGGCGUGCGGCGUUGGAGCCUCAGCCACAAACCUUUCCACACUGCAAUCAACCACAGCAGCUGCAUCGGCUGGAACAGGAACAGGAACAGGAACUGGACCCGGAGCCACAGCAGAUGCCCACAAAAUGGUGCACCACAGCAACGAAGAUGCCAUGAACAAGAUUCCCCUGAAGUCGGCCAGCGGCCUGGACUCCGACGAGGAGAAGAAUGGCGGUGAACUGAUGCAGGACACCGCCGCAGCCGAGGAGGCGAGGCGCGAGCAGAUGAGAGCCAAGCUGCUGGCCUGGAUGAAGAAGCUGACCAUUGUGCUGAUCUGCUUCAUUGGCAUUGCGCUGAUCAGCUACGUGAUCAUCAGCCUCUGCUUCAGUGACUGGCCCAAAUCGACGCCACAUAGAAACAGCACCACAACAGCAACAGCCACAGCCACAGCACCAAUAAUUGCAACAGCAACAAUAAUUGCAACAGCAAGCACAACCACAGAGGCAACAGCAACAGCGACAGCGACAGCAGAAGCAACAGAAAUUGCAAGUAGCACAGCACCAACGGCAACGGCAACGGCAACAGCAACAGCACCAACAGCAAGAACGGUUUAUGAUAGCACCACAACAAAACCACCAACAACAACCACAACAACAACAAUUUCAACAAUAGAACCAACAACAACAACAACAACAACAGAAAGCACAACAACAGAAAGCACAACAGCAGAAAGCAAUCCUAGCCACAAGACACUUAAAACAUUUACUUUGACAGAUGAGCAGCCGCAGGAACAGCCGGACCAGGACCCGGAGGAGGCGACCCCCAUCGGCAACCUCAAUUUGCUGGAUGGGUCGCCGGGCGGCAGCACCACCCCGGCAGAGGACACACUGCCGAAUGUGGCCGCCUCAACGUCGGCGACAGCGGCCCCCACACUGUCCACUGUCUUCGCGGAUCAGGUCAAAAUCGAUACCAGCGAGAAGUUCGAUUCCAUUCUGGGUGUCUACCAGAAGGCGGCCGUGAGCUCCGACAACCUGGAGUGCAGCAAGAUCGGCAGCGACAUACUAUCACGGAACGGCAGUGCUGUGGACGCGGCCAUCGCCGGGCUCCUGUGCAACGGCCUGCUCACGCUGCAGAGCAUGGGAAUCGGCGGCGGUUUCCUGAUGAACGUGUACAGUCGGAAGGAGCGGCACGCCACCUCCAUCGAUGCCCGCGAGGUGGCACCCUACGCGGCCGAGCCGGACAUCUUCGACAAGAGUCCCGAGCAGUCCUUCAAGGGACCCUUGAGCAUCGCGGUGCCCGGCGAGGUAAUGGGCUACCAUGAGGCGCACUCCAGGUUUGGCCAGCUCCCGUGGGCGGAGCUUGUGGCACCAUCGCUCAAGCUCUGCGAGACCGGCUAUCAUGUGUCCAAGCACAUGGCGAGGGCGCUCAACCAAACAUGGUCGAAUAUCAAGGAUCAGGAGCAGUAUCAAAUUUACUUGAACAAAGAGACAGGCAGGCCGCAUGCUGCUGGAACUGUGGUGAAGCCGCCGAAGCAGCUCUGCGAGUCGUACAAGCUGCUGGCAGACAACGGGCCCCUGGACUUCUACAACGGCACCUUGGCCAAGCUGCUGGUGGAGGAUCUGACGGAGUUGGGCAGCAUUGUAACCGGCGACGAUCUGCAGUACUACUCCGCGGACGUGGUCCACUCGAUAACCAUGGAGCUGGGCGAGGACACGCUGUACGUGGUGCCACCUGUCAGCUCGGGCUCGGUGGUGGCCCAUGCGCUUAGUAUCCUGCAGGGCUACAACUUUACCAAAGACGAUCUGGCGACUGAGGAUCUGCGUGCCCGCACCUUCCAUCGGUUUGCCGAGGCCGUCAAGUUUGGCUUCGCCCAUCGCUCAGAGCUGGGCGACUUGCACUUCAUCGAUGUGCGGGAGCUGGUCAGCAAGCUGAAUAGUCCGGAGUUCGGAGCCCAAAACCGCGCCAAGAUCAACGACAGUCACGUGCUGGAGGGUCCAUCGGCCUACGGAGCUCAGUACGGGAGCAAUGGUGACCCCGAUGGGACCUCUCAUCUUGUGGUCUUGGCCCCCAACGGGGAUGCCGUCUCGGUGACCAGCUCCGUCAAUUUUUACUUUGGCUCGGGCCUGAUUGGACCGCGGACUGGCAUCGUUCUGAACAACGGCAUGAACGACUUCGCCGUGGAGAACAAUUUUUAUGGGCUGCCCGCCUCGCAGGCAAACACCAUAGCACCCCACAAGCGGCCGAUGUCCUCGCAGUCCCCAGUCCUGUUGGCCGACAAGGCAGGCGAGAUUCGUCUGGCUCUCGGAGCGGCCGGCGGCGCUCGGAUCAUUCCCGCUGUGGUCGAGGUGUUGGCUCGCGUCUUGUGGUUCGAUCAGGAUCUGAAGACGGCGAUAGAUGCCCCGCGCCUGUACCACCAGCUCAUGCCCGAUGUCCUGGAGUACGAGCAGGGCGGCUUCUCCGACCCGCUGCUGCAGCUCCUGGCCAAGCGGGGACACGUCCUCAAGUCGGUCAACAAUGCCCUAACAUCGGUUGUCACGGCCAUAGCGAGGAAUGCAACGGCGGUCUAUGCGAAUGCCGACCAUCGCAAGCGUGGCGGUGUUGCCGGCUUCUAGAGGUCAACCCACCCAGGCCUCCGCCUCCGCCUCCGCCUCCGUCUCCGCCCCCUCCCCACCCACUCGCACACAGCCGCACACAUUCACACACCGCAUUGAGAUUAGAUGAGCAAGAGCAGGAGCAGGAGAAAUUGAAGUGGAUGGAUGGGGCUCAGUAUCAGGAUCAGGAUCAGAGUCAAGAUCAGCCGCAGCAUCAAGUGAAAGUAUUUAAGCUAGCUAUGUCUUUUUUUACAUACUAUGUAUAUCGUACGUUAUAUAAAUUUAUAUGCUACUACCUAACUACUACCUUAUACAAUAAACAAUAAACAAAAACAAAAACCACA